AUGGCGGAGAGGCAGGAGAUCGUCUCCGGCGGCGUUGCAGCGGCGCCGAUGUGCGCCAACAGCUGCGGGUUAUUCGGGAGCGCGGCGACCAACAACUUCUGCUCCAAGUGCUACAAGGAGCACCUGAUCAAGACCGCCGAAGCCGACGCCGCCGCUCUUGUCGACGAGAAGAAGACCGAGUCCACCACCAAGCAGGCUGCUGCUCACGAGCCCGAUCAGCUGGCUGAUGGUCAUCAAGAUCCUGACGCCACCGCUGCCGUUGCCGCUGCAGUGGCCACGGCCACGCCAGUUGCUCAAGCACCAACAGGGAAGAAGAAGAACAGUGGCCGCCCCUUGGAGACGCAGAAGCAGGAAGCGUCGUCCGGGUCCGGCCGCGGCGGCCUCAUCGAGUGCGCGAACGCGUGCGGUUACUUCGGGUACGCGGACACCAACAACCUGUGCACCCUCUGCUACAGGGACUUCCUCAAAACCGUUCACUCCGCCCCUGCCCCGGCGCCAUCGGCGGACAAGGUCGUCCUCGCUGCUGCCGAGCAGCCGGCGGCGGACCAGAUCUCUGCUGCAACUUCCAGUUCCAGUGCUGCACCCGCGGUGGAGGCGCCGCCGGCGGUGAAGGCGGCCGCGCCCAACAGGUGCGUGUCGUGCCGCAAGAAGGUGGGGCUGCUGGGGUUCCCCUGCCGCUGUGGUGCCACGUUCUGCUCGCUGCACCGGCACGCGGAGAAGCACGCGUGCGACUUCGACUUCAAGACGGCGGGCCGGGAGAAGAUCGCCAAGAACAACCCGCUCGUCGUGGCAGCCAAGAUCAACAAGAUCUGA